AUUGAAAAAAAAAAAACAAGUUAUCAGAAAAAAUAUUUUAGUUUUUAACUGAUUUUUUUUUAAAACCUAUUUUCAAAAUUUCUAGUGAUGCGCGAAAUUAUCACUUUACAAAUUGGCAGAUGUGGCAAUCUUGUUGGUGAUGCAUUUUGGGAUGUCAUUUCUCGUGAACACGGAAUCCAACCAACUGGCGAAUUUGCAGGCACAUCCCACCUUCAAUUGGAACGUAUGAAUGUCUAUUUCAAUGAAACCGAUCGUGGCACAUUCUAUGCCCGAGCAGUUGCUAUCGACACAGAUCGAUCAAGUUUAGAUCACAUAAAAGGUGGUCCUAAUUCUGGUAUUUACAAUCCCGAGCUAUUUGUCGCCGGGACAGAAGGAACAGGUAAUAAUUUUGCUCGAGGAUUCUAUACCGAAGGUGCUGAAAUAAUGGAUCGAGUAUUAGAUGUCACUCGGUUGCAGGCAGAAUCUGUGGACUCAUUGCAAGGAUUUCAAGUUAUUCAUUCUUUAGGCGGUGGAACUGGUUCAGGAUUUGGUUCAUUGUUAAUGAGAAAUCUAUCAGAAGAGUAUCCAGACAAUCUAAUUUGUACAUUCAGUGUGAUUCCAUCACAAAAGAUAUCUGAUGUCGUCGUGGAACCAUAUAAUUCUGUACUCUGUCUGCCUCAUCUAACAGAAAAUACUCAUCUAACUUUCUGUAUUGAUAAUGAGGCUUUAUACAAUAUUUGCCACAAUAGACUCCAGCUUUUCGGAGCUUCCCUUGAAAAUCUUAACCACAUUAUAGCCCACACAAUGUCUGGAGUGACAACUUGUUUAAGAUUUCCUGGUCAGCUGAAUUCUGGUUUAAGAAAACUCUAUGUGAACAUGGUCCCAUUCCCACAUUUACACUUCCUAGUUCCAGGAUUUGCUCCAUUGACUUCAAUGGGAUCAGCUCAGUAUGUAAAACAAUCAGUUGGUGACCUUGUAAGUCAGAUAUUCAGUUCCAACAAUCUGUUGGCUGCAAUUGAUCUGAGAGCUGGGAAACUACUCACAGUUGCUGCCAUAUUUCGUGGUAGAAUGUCACCCAAGGAAGUGGACACUUUAAUGACCAGUGCCAGAAAUAAGAAUAUUCAAAACUUUGUCGACUGGAUUCCCAACAAUGUUAAGACUGCCAUUUGUGACAUUCCUCCGAGAGGACUGAAAAUGUCGUCUACAUUCAUUGGGAAUACCACGGCUAUCCGACAGCUUUUCGGACGCAUUUCCGAUGGAUUUGUGACCAUGUCAAAGAGAAGAGCUCAUUUGCAUUGGUACACGGGCGAGGGAAUGGAUGAACAAGAGUUCACUGAAGCCCAAUCGGCUUUAGAGGAUCUUUUGACCGAAUACGAGGGUUGUCUUAAGCAAGUGGAUGGCAAACAAAAAGAAACAACAUGCCGUUGGUGUUCCAAUGAGGAUAUAUUAAUAGACAAAUAAACAAAGUGAUAAAGAUCCUCCUUCGG